UAUCGUUGUUUACAGCGCAAUGAGCACCGCCCCUCCCCCACCCGGCUUCUCCAGCUCCUCCUUCCGACAGCUAGCUGUAGCUGUCGCUGUAAAACCGACCACCGGUUGGGUUGGAGGAACCCCGAGCUCAAAGGUUUAGCUGGAUGAACCUUCAUCCAGAAACCUCAGAAUCCGCCUCUAUGGCUCGCUAACACGGUGGAUAUAACGAGGCGAUGGACAGCCACCAAGAACCAAAGAGCUAGCAGAAGCUAGCUCCGGAAGAACCGGGGCGACGAGCUUCGAACUCAGCUGUUCCGCCUUCAAAAGUCGGAUUUUGUGCCAUGUCAACCGUUUACAAAAGCUAGGAAGCUGAUGGAUGAUGCUGAGUGAGGAGUUCCUCCGUGCCUAAACGGGAGCAGCAGCAGCUCAGUCCAGCUCCCAUACAGUGGAGUGUUUCUGGGUUCUGUGAGAGGAGGAUGGCAUUUCACGGUGCUGGCCAGCAGACCGUUUGUGGAGAUUUGUUUCCAGGCUCUGAGCUGGGCCACAAGUAUUUCUGCGUGGGUUCCACCUGCGGAGCUCCCUCCACUGGCCUCAGUGCUACACCGUGCUUGACUGGACCCACUGCCCCAGCUGGAACCCCCCGUCACCCCACAGCACUUGGAGGAAGCACCGGCGGGGGAGCGGCGGUGCCUCAGCCCUACAGCAACCCAGCCAGUGAGGUGCCCAGCCCUGCAGAGAUGGAGCCAGACCGACCCAUCGGUUAUGGUGCCUUUGGGGUUGUUUGGUCGGUCACCGAUCCUCGGGACGGUCGGAAGGUGGCUCUGAAGAAGAUGCCAAACGUCUUCCAGAAUCUGGUUUCCUGCAAGAGGGUCUUCAGAGAGCUGAGGAUGCUGUGCUUCUUCAAACAUGACAAUGUUUUGUCAGCUCUGGACAUUUUGCAGCCUCCACAGAUUGACUGCUUUGAGGAGAUCUACGUGAUCACGGAGCUGAUGCAGAGCGACCUCCACAAAGUCAUCGUGUCUCCUCAGCCUCUCACCACCGACCACAUCAAGGUCUUCCUGUAUCAGAUCCUCCGAGGUUUAAAGUACCUGCAUUCUGCUGGGAUCCUGCACAGAGACAUCAAACCUGGAAACCUGCUGGUCAACAGUAACUGUCUACUGAAGAUUUGUGACUUUGGCUUGGCUCGUGUGGAGGAGCCUGACCCAUCACGUCACAUGACCCAGGAGGUGGUGACUCAGUACUACAGAGCACCAGAGGUUCUGAUGGGCUGCCGGCACUAUGGCUCGGCCAUCGAUGUCUGGUCGGUGGGCUGCAUCUUCGCAGAGCUGCUGGGAAGACGCAUCCUGUUCCAGGCUCAGAGCCCCAUUCAGCAGUUGGAUCUGAUCACAGACCUGCUGGGAACACCGCCUCAGUUGGCUCUGACGUCGGCCUGUGAAGGAGCCCGAGCCCACAUCCUGAGGGGGCCUCACAAACCGCCGUCGCUGUCGGUCCUCUACAUGCUGUCGGACGGAGCCACACACGAAGCCGUGCACCUUCUCUGUCGUAUGCUGGUCUUUGAUCCGGCUAAAAGGAUUUCCGGCAGCGACGCGCUGUCCCACCCGUACCUGGACGAAGGGCGGCUGCGUUACCACACCUGCAUGUGUCAGUGCUGCUAUUCCGUUCCCAGCGGUCGAGUUUACACCCGCGACUUUGAGCCGGUAGCAGAGCGACCAUUCAGCCACAGCUACGAGAACAGCCUGCUGUCUGUGUGGCAGGGAAAAGAGUUGAUCCAUCGCUUCAUCACAGAGCAUCAGCAGGGCAAACGGGUGCCGCUGUGCAUCAACCCGCAGAGCGCCGCCUUCAAGACCUUCAUCAGAUCCACCGCAUGGCACUCCUCCAAGGUCUCCAGGAAGGAGGAGAGAUGAGCACUUCUCUUCAUCACCAGGAACGAUGGCACUCCCAACCGGAUUCAUCUGGAACACUUUUUUCUUCUUUUCUUCUUCUUCGUCUGGAGGGAAUCGACACUCCUCAAAUACUUCAUAAAUCUUCGGUCCACAAAGUUCCCUAAAGUUCAGACCUCGGACCACCAGAGCACGUGAUCCUCAAAGCGUUUUGGUGCUGAAUUAAUGAAACAUGCUGCUGAAGGAGGAAGGGGGGGGGACUGAACCCUGUACUAGAUGUAGUUUUCCCGUGCAUGUGGAACCUUUAGGGUAGAUCUGGUUUAGGUCACUCCUGCCCUGAGGGAACAAUCCACCAUCACUCCGCUCCAACAGGAUUCAUGUGACAUCACGUGUCGCCAAAUGCCGCCAAGCGUUUUAUUUUUUUUAUGCUUUUUGAACACAUCACCCACUGUUUUUGUCUCGUGGCGUCUUUGGGCGUCGCCAUGGCAACACUAAUGCAACUUUAACAGAUGUAGCAGGUUUAACCAACACGUUUGUCCUUUUUACUUAUCCCUCUGGGGAAAACUCGUGAGUCGACUGAUCCUGGAUCAGCUCCACAUCAGCAUCUGUGUCAUUGGGAGUUAGUUUUGUCAUCAGGCGGUUUUAUUUUUGAAAUUAAUGACAGGAACUCGUUGUUUUGUGAGAAGAUCUCACACAUUUAUCAUCACAUCAUGUCGUCGCCUCCCACUUUCUUGCCGUCUUGAGUCCUCUGAACCUGCUGCCACAGGGAGGGGUUCUUGUUAAGUUAUUUGGUGUUCCACCCAUUAUUUGUUUUCUCUGUGAUCGCCUCAGUUACCUCAAAUCUUUUGAAGAAAAUCGAGCUGAAAUCCCGAAGGACGUUCAAACCCGAACUGAAAGUACGUCCCGUCAUUCCUCCUGUUUUACCUCGCAGCUCCUCUAUUGGUUCUGAGGGAUGGAAGCUGUUGGUAAAAUGCUGCUGUUUUAGUUUCCUGUGUAGUUUCUGGCUCAGGUGUCCUGUUGAUGAUGAUGAUGAUGAUGAUGAUGAUGAUGGUGGACCAUCAAAAGACACAAGGACGCACUGAUUCACAUGAACAGGAUUCACCUGGAAUAAGAUUUUACAAGGUCCCGAGUCCCGGAAAAUGUUCCCGAUGUUCUAAAGGUUCCUCUGCGUCUCCGUUUCCGCUGCGGUCGAGUCCUUUUUAAAGAGGAGGUUAUGACCUUUAACCCCAGCUUUUAACGUCCUGCUUUCAUCUCAGUUCCUCUCUUCAAACUCUGAAAUGUUUCUGCAGCUGCUGAAAUAUUCAUCCAGCAAACAGGAACUGUUUUCUAAAGUUGAGGAGGCGAUUCUCUCCGUUUGAAGUUCUGACAAACGGUCCAAAAGAGACAAACGAGGCGAAGCUUGAUUUUCACUUCUGGAAAACUAUUUUAGCAAGAAAAUCAUUUAAUUAAAGCUUUUAAUUUAAUACUCCUAGUUUUCUGUUUCAACAGACUCCUGCUGUUGAACUCUAACCAGUUCUUCAAAAAGGCCAGUUUAUGUCCUGGUAGGUUAAAAAACAUGGGUCUGUGUCGGAUUUCUCAGUUCAGCUCUAACCGAGCGACGAGGAGCCGGUGCAGAACCAGAACCAGGGAUCAGCGUUCCUCUGGCUUUAGUCUCGUCUGCAGCAGGUGCUGCUCAGAGCCAGAGCUGUUGGACCAGACGUUUCUGAGUCAGCAGGCGUCGUUUACAGUAUAAAAACGGGCCGAGGCGGCGGUGGAAACCGGAGUCUCUGGAGGAACCUGCAGAUCCUGGAUCAGCUGCUCUGUGAGGAGAAGCUACAGCCUCAGAUGUGUUAGUACUCCUCUCAGCCUCCUGUAGUGAAACCUCAGCUCGCCCUGUUCAGGAUGGCGGCACGUCUCCGUGACGACAGAGACGCACUUGUAUAUCUGCAUGUGUAUAUUUAUUACCCCGUGGAGAGCAUUUGGGUUUGAAUGCUGUGCAAUGGUUGAGUUUGUUGACAGAAGCUUUGUGGUUUAAUUUAAUUCAUCUUAGGAGGUGAUUUUCUUAUUGGGUUUGUUUUUGUUGUGAUAAUUAGUUUUUUAAUUCCUUUGGAGUCGGGACAAUGUCGUAACGGUUCCCUAAAGACUUCUGCAGCACUGAAGUUUAACGAUUGUUUUAGAAACACGUUGAUGCUCACUGGUUUUAUUCGUGUCCUCGAGUGACUGAAUCAAAUCUCUCAGGUGACUUUUAGACGUGAUGGCGUUUUCAUUCUGGUCGGGGGGGAAAACGCUUUAACGUUCCCUUCUUUACGAAUAUUUAUUUCUCCUUCCUCCUUAAAUCAGCGUGAAGCUGAAUCUUCAUCAAGUUCAAGUAGAGCUGAUGGGUUCAUCUUUUAUUUUUUGCGCAUUUUUAAGAGUUCCUAGAAAAACGAGCUGCCUCCGUUAAACUGCUGGAUGGUUCUGGUUUUAUUCAGAAAUGGAAAAGCAAUAACUCUACUUCUACACGACAACCCGAACAUUUAGGACGUGUUUGUAGCUGCUGCGCGUUAAAAUCUGAUUUUCUCCAUAAAAUAUGACAAAAGUUUCAUUCCACAACAAAAGCGGCUCAGGAACUGGACGGAGGAUCAGUGAGACGGGUGUUUGGGUCAGAUUGAUCACGUGAGACACGUUAGAGUUUUCCGGGGGCCGUUACGGGAGCGUUUCCCGCUCCGUCGUCGUUAGUGAGGUCCUUCCAGGUUAGCAGCCGUUCUGAACUAGAUGACCCGUGUUUUGGUCUUUUCCUCCCGUGCACUCUGUUCUGAGAUCAGCCGCCGGGCGUCUCUGCGUAGAGAUUAGAUUGUUUCCUUCUAUGAAAAGAAACUCGAUGUGUUAAUUAUUAUAAAUAUGAAACUGAUGUUUUAAACAGAUGUUUUGUCGUUGUUUUAGCUAAAAGAUUUUUUUUUCUGUUUUGUUUCUAUUUUGACUUGUGUUCCCAACAAAUACUUGAAUUUCUUAAAAAAAUGUUUAGAGUCAAAGUAGUGAAUGACCGUAAAUAAAUAAAUGGACACUGGAUAAUAA